UUUAGUUCCGUAUAGAUCUACAGAUCUCUAUCUAAUCUGGGUAUCAUUUCGGCCAAAAUGUGUGUAUUUGCGUUAAAAUAAAACAAAAUGCGAAACUUUAGUCACGUGACUACAUUUCAAGAUGGCGUUGUGCUGUGCAAUUAGUAAUGAAGUUCCAGAGCAGCCAGUAAUUUCUCCUGUGUCUGGACAUGUGUAUGAAAAGCGACUGAUUGAAAAGUACAUUUUAGAAAAUGGAACUGAUCCAAUUUCAAAUGAAAAACUAUCUGUGGAUAUGCUUAUUCCAGUUAAAAGCUCAGCCAUUGUAAAACCUAGACCUCCAUCUGCUACUAGUAUUCCUGCCAUUCUUAAAGCACUUCAAGAUGAAUGGGAUGCUGUCAUGCUUCACAGUUUCACUUUACGUCAGCAACUUCAGACUGCUAGACAAGAGCUGUCUCAUGCUCUUUAUCAGCAUGAUGCUGCUUGCCGUGUCAUUGCUCGUCUCAUUAAGGAAGUUACAGCUGCAAGAGAAGCGUUGGCCACAUUGAAACCUCAAGCUGGUUUAACUGCGCCCAUUCCUGGCUAUAAUGCACCUGCUCCAAAUCCAUCCAUAGGGGCUGAUGCUGGUCCAGAGUCUGCUACACAGCCUGUUGAAGAAGCUGUCAUGAGUGAUGAAGUUAUUAAAAAGCUGCAAGAUAAAGCAACUCUAUUGACUGCUGAAAGAAAAAAGCGUGGCAAAACAGUACCAGAAGGUUUGGCAACUAGUGAUGAUAUCCGAAGUUACAGACAAUUGGCUUCUCAUACAGGCCUUCAUAGUGCAAGUGUGCCAGGUAUACUGUCAGUUGAUGUCUGUCUAAGAGACACUUCGAGAAUUGUCACAGGAGGCAAUGACAAAAAUGCAGUUGUUUUUAACAAGGAUACUGAACAGGUUAUGGCCAUACUCAAGGGUCAUAGCAAGAAAGUAACUAGUGUUAUAUACCACCCUGAAGAGGAACUAGUAAUCACAGCGUCCCCAGAUAAUACCAUCCGAGUCUGGGGCAUCACAACUGCAUCUUGUGGACAAAUUAUACGUGCUCAUGAUGCACCAGUCACAGGAAUAAGUUUGCAUGCAACUGGAGACUAUGUUCUAUCUUGCUCAACAGAUAUGCAUUGGGCUUUCUCUGACAUAAGAACAGGGAGAAUUCUAACCAAAAUAAUGGGGAAAUCAGAUCAAAUUACCUCAGCUUUGACGUGUGCACAGUUUCAUCCUGAUGGUCUGAUCUUUGGUACUGGAACUGAUGACUCAACAAUCAAGAUUUGGGAUCUGAAGGAGCGAUCUAAUGUGGCUAAUUUCCAGGGACACCAGGGACCUAUUUCCAGUAUCUCAUUCUCUGAAAAUGGUUACUACUUAGCAACAUCUGCUGAAGACUCUGUUGUCAAACUCUGGGAUCUUAGAAAAUUGAAAAACUUUAAAACCAUUCAACUAGAAGAUAACUAUCAAGUGAAAGGGCUUUGCUUUGACCAGAGUGGAACUUACUUAGCAGUUGCUGGAUCAGAUGUCAGAAUCUAUUUGUGUAAACAGUGGAGUGAACUGGCUGUGUUCAAUGACCACACCGCAGCUGCCACAGGUGUAAGGUUUGGUCACAAUUCAUCCUUUGUUGUAUCUGUCAGUAUGGAUCGGUCAGUCAAGUUUUUUGGUACAGCUGAUUAAGAACCAUGCCUGGGAAGUAACCAUUGACUUGUUUGUUUGUUUUUAUACAAUAUCUUAUUCUUAAUAAGGGCAAAGUUCUCCUUUGUUUUAACUCAGUCUAACUUUGUAUUACAUUUGGAUGCUGUUGGAAGAAGAUUGUUAAUACUGUUACUUAUUCAAAGAAAUGAAAUGUAUAGUUUUAUAUCAGCUGAAAACUUAAAUAAAAUUAAAAUUCAAAAUAAAGUUCGGCUUUAAAACUUUUUAAUUUUUACCGUUAGGAAUGUAAAUCUUUGUAAUUUAAGCUACUCUUAGUAUGUUAUAUAUUUAUAUAUAUAUGCCUUGAACUUGUGAUGUCCAUCCACCUAAAAAAUAUUAUUACAUUGAAAGAGACAAUUUUUGAUGGCCUCCCUUAAAAACCAUUGUCCCCAAAUUGGCUUUUGUCUAUUCAGUUAUUAACUUGUGACUUGUAUUCAUAUUUAGAGCAAGCAUUGACUUCAUAUUGUUAUAGUCUAGGGCUCAAACUGAACGUUUUUUCUAGAUAAAUAAUUAGAUGUAACUCACAGAAUGUAACAAAUGUUCAGCCCUUUCUAUGUACACACAUUUUUGAUAGAAAAGAUAGAUUCUGUUAAAUUCAGUGUUACUUAGGAGAAACAUUUUUACCCCACAUUCUCAUUAAGUUACACAUUUGACUGGAAUCUUUUUUUUUUUUAAAUAAAUUAAAUACUUUUUUGUUAAUGAACUUUGUAUGUCUUCUUUUUUUUUUAUGCUAUGAACAUUGUUCAUUCUGAACAAACCAUUUCAUCUAUGUUGUGUUUAUCCAACAUUAAAAGAAAUAGACGUCUCUAA